AUCCAGCUAAAGUCCAGCUACUUUAGCACAUGGACUUUGUGCACUUCCGAACCCUCCCGCCGAAUGAGCUUGUUGUGCACCAAAGCAGGUUCAUGUCAACCAUUCUCCAUUCUUCCUCUUGACCAAGACGAGGCGAGAAUUGGUGUGGAGGAAAUGAAAAUGAUAUCGAUAUCUCAAUUCAUGUCGAACCAUCAGCUAAACCAGUCACAAUUCAUGUCGAACCAUCAGCUAAACCAGUCACAGUUGGCUGCGGCUAGAGUGCCAAUGGUCUUCAGGAAUAUGAAGAGACCUCGGGAGGGAAUUGUAGGCUGGCCCUCAAAGAGUGCAGAGCGGUCAUCACAUUGUUCUUUCCACGUUUAUCAUACGGAAAGCAAGCAAAGGAAACCCUACACGCUCCGAGGUAUGGGGGUUCACUCCAAACCCACUUCACCGAUAUGUCAGCUUACGUUCAGUACAGUCUUCAUACAUUCAGCUUUUAUGAUAUAUUUAAAAAAUGCAGAUAAAUAUAAUUCUUUCGAACGACCACGGUAGUAAGAGAUUAUAUAGAAUCAGUACAUUCAAACCAGGAAGGACAGGAAUGCAUCAUUCUGAUGACUCUUAUCGGACUUUUAUCCUCUUUUCUGCUUACAUGGGAAUCAGCUGUCGGGAAAAAUAUCAACGUAGCAGCUUAGUAGUGGUUAGCUUGUGAAUGGGCGAGCAACCCAAUGACGCACUAAAAGAGGUGUCCUAAAAAAAAAGAAGAAAAUGAAAUGACUUUCCCCAUGCGGCAUCUUGGCGUCUGCAUCUCAGUGGUAAAGACUCCGGAGAAGAUCCUGUUCCGGGCAAAGCGGGCUCCGUGUUGGCGAUGGCGAGACGGUCAGGCAGGCUACGCGCGUCUAGUCUCGUACAACGGGAUCAGUGUAACGCAGUGCAAGGAAUUCGCUCAUCCAUCGUUCAACAUUUAUAAUGCGUUUACUGAAGAACACUGUGCAAUGUUGUGCUUGUGUCGUCAAUGUUCUCGGAAGCUCAUUCCCUUGCAUCAAGUGCAACAAAAUGGCCGCAAGAGGCCUCAUCCUUUUGUCUUACCUGCUCAGUGAUGAUGAUGUCGUUCAAGGCUGUAAAACUUUUCUGUCAAUAAGUGAGCCAGCCCGACUAAGUAAUUCCAAUCGGCUCACCACGUCUCAGUCGGUGUUCCUGUCUUUAUUCAGCAGCAGGACGUGGAGGGUGGAGGAGGAGGGCGGGCAAGGAUUUGGACGACAGGGAUGGACAACUCGCGAAGUGCAUUCUUCCAUCCAUCAGUGGCGAGAAGUGUGGCUCGUGUGUCUCAUUCGAGAAGACCGAAUGAGCUACAUUUGCGUGUACGAAUUCGCAGCCGGUCCUCUCGACAUCCUCUACUGGUGUCAAUAUCUAGCAACAUCGCAUCCCUCGCGGGUCGCCUACAAAUCAUAACUCGCCUGCAG